AGAGGAUGGCAACGCGUGGUUUCCGGAGUCAGACAUAUGCUCGCAAUUCUGCUCACUGGGCGCGCCCCCAAUCGAACCUGCCCGUCUGCGAGUACACAGACCUUCCACUUCGGCAAGCAUGCUGUCUUUCCGUUGGUAGGGAUAUUGGCUGGACUCAUGGAGCUAGAGCAUACUUCUCGGUAUUGGUACGGCACCUCCGGACAACGUUGAAAUACAGUGAGUAAGCCCUUAGAUUGUCUGCCGAGAUA